GCGCGCGCGUUCAUAGUGGUGAGUAUGCGCGUGUUAUAGACGUAUGCGUUUGCGUAAAAAAAAAAGAUUGGAAUGCUAGAAAAUGUUCAAAUAGAAAAAAGCCCAUCUAAAUUCCGCCGUCCCCGCCAUUUUCCCUUUUUCCUCACUCCCCCAUCUCUCUCUCUCCGUCGCUCGUCGCGAUCUCGCCGAAACCCUAGCCAAAACCCCCGUGGGGGAGGGGAUCGGAGAGAUGCUGCACGAGCUCCUCCUCGCGCUGCUCGGCUUCACCGGCGACUUCGUCCUCGACGCCGCCUCCUCCCCGUCGGCCACCCGCCGCCGCCGCCCUGUUCCCCCGGAGGCCGCCGCCGGCGGCGACGUGGGCCCCGCCUCCUUCCGCCUCGCCCCCGACCUCACCUUCCUGCAGCCGUCCGAGAGGAGUGCUAUUGAAAGGCUCAUAUCCUUGGGCUUUUACUACAGAGAACUAAAUCGCUUUGCAACUGAGUCUCGUGACCUGAGUUGGAUCAAUUCUCCUAUAGAUGUUUCACCAACUCAUGGUGAGAAAACUGUGAAGGCUAAAGUGAGAAAAGGGAGUGCAUACAGGAGAGCGAUUGCCAAUGGUAUUGCUGAGAUUUUGUCAGUUUAUAGAUCAGCUGUUCUGCAGGUUGAGCAAAACCUGUUGUCAGAUCCUUUGCCUAUCCUGGCAACGGUAACUCAUGGGCUAAAUAAGUUUGAAGUUCUCCUGCCUCCGCUCCAUGAACUUGUUAUGGAAAUUGAGCAGAAAGACAUCAAAGGAGGACAACUUCUUAACCUUUUGCAUAAACGAUGCCAUUGUGGUGUUCCAGAACUGCAAAGCUGUAUUCAAAGACUUCUUUGGCAUGGACACCAAGUCAUGUUUAACCAGCUGACAUCUUGGAUGGUUUACGGGAUCCUUCAAGAUCAAUACAAUGAAUUUUUCAUUAGAAGACAGGAAGACAGGGACAAGGAGAAUGAUUCAUCUCAGGUGGACGUUGCUGAUAAGUUUACGCAGAAAUCAGCUAAAGAGACAUCCCUGACUAGUUGGCACACAGGAUUUCAUGUAUCUUUGGAUAUGCUACCUGAGUAUAUCCACAUGCGAGUUGCAGAAUCGAUCCUCUUUGCUGGCAAAGCAAUAAGGGUUCUUCGAAAUCCUAGUCCUGGUGCUACCUUGCAGGAAUCCAUGAACCAAAGUCAGAAUGUGAAAGGAUCUUAUAGAAUGCAAAGUCUCAUAGGAGGUUCAGGUGCUCUAAAAGAGCUACCAAACUUCCCUAACAUAAGUGCAGAAGAAUUGUUGCCACAGGCUGAAGCAGAUAAAAUUGAUGCCAUGCUCAAGGAGCUAAAGCAUUCUUCAGAAUUUCAUAAAAGGCUGUUUGAGUCUGCUGUCGGCUCAAUACGAACAAUGGCAGCUAAUAAUCUCUGGCAGCUAGUGGUUGUACGUGCUGAUCUUAAUGGUCACUUGAAGGCAUUGAAAGAUUAUUUUCUUUUAGCGAAAGGUGAUUUUUUCCAGUGUUUUCUUGAGGAAAGCCGUCAAUUAAUGCGCCUACCACCUCGCCAAUCUACAGCUGAAGCAGAUCUCAUGGUCCCAUUUCAAUUGGCUGCACUGAAGACUAUAGGUGAUGAGGACAAAUAUUUUGCUAGAGUCUCAUUAAGAAUGUCAUCGUUUGGUAUAAAAGCUAGUACCUCACAGAAAGAUCUACAAAAGUCCAGUACUCCUGAGAUUUCCUCGCAAGGAAAGGCUACCUCAGAAUUGGCACUUGAUGGGUGGGAUAGUAUUGCUCUGGAAUAUUCUGUUGAUUGGCCCCUGCAGCUUUUCUUUACUCCUGAUGUUGUGUCCAAGUAUCGCAAGGUUUUCCAGUAUCUCAUCCGAUUGAAGAGGACACAAAUGGAACUUGAGAAAUCCUGGGCAGCUGUAAUGCAUCAAGACCAUGCUGAUUUUUCUGAUUAUUGCAAGGAUCGGAAAAAUGGCGAUGCAACACAACUGCGCCGGCAACGCUCUAAGCCAUUUUGGCGGGUAAGGGAGCACAUGGCUUUCCUGAUCAGAAACCUACAGUUUUAUAUUCAGGUUGAUGUAAUUGAGUCACAGUGGAAUGUUUUACAAGCUCACGUGCAAGAUUCACAUGAUUUCACAGAACUAGUGACCUUUCAUCAAGAGUAUUUGUCAGCACUAAUUUCGCAAUCCUUCUUGGAUAUUGGAUCGGUGUCUAGAAUACUAGACAGCAUAAUGAAGCUCUGUUUGCAGUUCUGCUGGAGUAUCGAACAAUACGAGAACAGGAGAAACAUGCUUGAGAUUGAUCACAUAACUGAGGAGUUCAACAAGAAGUCGAAUUCGCUGUACACUAUCUUAAGGAGCAGUCGGCUUGCAGGGAGUCAGAGAGCGCCUUUCCUGAGGCAGUUUCUGAUGAGGCUAAAUUACAACUCUUUCUUCGAGACCACUGCUAGGGGGGUGAUGAAUUCUGCAGGCGGUAGGUUACGGCCAAGCACUGCAGGUACCCAGCUGUAACCAUCAUCGUUCUAAGAAGCGCCUUUUCUUUCUGGUUUGUGAUUUUACACGAAGGGGGAGAAUUUGUAGCUGAUGUAAAUCAUGACACUAGCAUCUUAAUGGAAGUUUGCCCUGUAAAGUGUGAGUGCUAGAUUAUGGUUGUUUUGUGCUGAUGGUGUGUGAUUGUGCUAGCUUGUCUACAUUUCUCGCUUUGUCGUCUGCUAAUGCCAGCCUUUUCAACCUUUGAGCGUUGGAUUAAGCCAUUGGACGCCAUCAGAUCGUGUCCUUGGGUAAAUUAUGGGUGUUAACCUGGGUUAACUACAAUUAACCAGAUGUAGAUCAGCUUGUCAACGAAGUAGAGCACAAUUAAGGCCCUUGUUUCAUUUUCA